CAAAGAGCCUUCAUUCUACUGGGGAGAUACAACGUAUACACAAAUUUGGGAGAAGAAAUCUAAGUAUCUGAAAUUAGUGUUGAUACAAAAAUUUAUCUUCAACUCAGAAUGUUGGAAGAGGAUGUGGAAGUGGCCAUCAAGGUGGUGGUUGUUGGGAAUGGAGCUGUUGGGAAAUCAAGUAUGAUUCAACGAUAUUGCAAAGGCAUUUUUACAAAAGACUACAAGAAAACAAUUGGAGUUGAUUUUUUGGAGAGACAAAUCCAGGUUAAUGAUGAAGAUGUCAGGCUAAUGUUAUGGGAUACAGCAGGUCAAGAAGAGUUUGAUGCAAUAACAAAGGCUUACUACCGAGGAGCCCAAGCUUGUGUACUUGUGUUUUCUACUAUAGACAGGGAAUCUUUUGAAGCAAUUUCCAGUUGGAGAGAGAAAGUAGUAGCUGAAGUUGGUGAUAUCCCAACAGUACUUGUACAGAACAAGAUUGACCUCUUGGAUGAUUCUUGUAUAAAGAAUGAAGAAGCUGAGGCAUUGGCAAAAAAAUUAAAGUUAAGAUUCUACAGAGCUUCAGUGAAAGAGGACCUAAAUGUAACUGAAGUUUUUAAAUAUUUAGCAGAAAAAUAUCUUCAGAAACUCAAACAGCAAAUAGUUGAAGACCCAGAAUUAAUGCAUACAAGUAGUAACAAAAUAGGUGUCUUUAACACAGCUGGUGGAAGUCACUCUGGCCAGAAUUCUAGCACACUUAAUGGUGGAGAUGUCAUCAAUCUCAGACCUAACAAACAGAGAACCAAGAAAAACAGAAGCCCUUUUAGCAGCUGCAGUAUACCCUAAAGCCAUUUUGGGGAGCAGAGGGGGGGAAAGGGAGGGAAGAACUGACAGAAAUUGGAUUAGGCUGUGCAAUGAAGGAGUACACUCAGCUGUAAUGGUAUGUUAAUGUGUUUUCUAGUGGACUUUGCACCUACUUGAUUUCUGAUAGAUGGUGAAUUUAAAUAUUGUUGUGGCGAUGUUCUUUAGUGUGUACAGGGAGACCUCUGGUGGCAAAAUUGGAAUCAUUGCUACCCCUGUGCACUCAUUUUAAUUUUUAUACACACACACACACACACACACACACACACACACACACACACACACACACACACAUAUGCAUGCACGCACAUGCACAUACAUACACACACAUACAUAUAAUUAGACGAUGCUUUUCCUGUUUUCAAGGAACAUUUUAAAAAUAUGAAAAACAGGUUUUGCUGAAUUUCAAAGGCUAUUAAAAACAUAAACAAUGCAUAAUAACAUUGGUACAGAUCUUCAUAUUAAGUAUGGACCAAAUGGAGCAGCAUUCUUUUAAUGGAAUCUUGCCCAGACAGCAUUAGUGUGUUGGCAACUUUACUUGUGCAAUAUCUGUAUAAUACAUGAAUGUUAUCAGAGGUAUGCAUGUAGAUAUCUGGUACUAAAGUUAAGCUGAAUGUAAGUAUAGUAUUUCACUUAAGGACACUAAAUUUCUGACCAACAUGCAUAAAACACUACUACUACUGCUACACACACACACUUAACUGUUCAUUUCAAGUGAAAAAUUCCAAGCCUAUACUCUGCAAAAUGAAAUCCCUUCUUCCUGUACUUGGAUUUUAAAAAUUCAUUGUGCCAAAAAAAAAAAAAGACAUAUAUUUUCUUGAGGUGAAAGCUUCAAACUAUCUUACUUUUUAUUGAUUAAGGAUAUCUUUUUAAAAGUUUUCUAGUCAAAAAAGUUGUAUAAAAAGAGGAACAUAUACUUCAGUAAUAAUGAGCUUAUUUCAGGAUAAUAGUAUUGCUUUUGAAAACAUAUGUAAUAGUUAUUUCAUAUAGUCAUCUGUAAUAGUGAGGCACUGGUACCAUCACAGGUUGGCAGAGUGUCUACUAAGAUUCAUGCAUAUCUAUGGUUAUCCAUAAGAUUCUGUGAAGUGAUAUGCCGUGUCUAGCAUAUUUAACUGCUGGCUGAGCUCCAAAUUGAAAACUCUGAAUUUAUGAGCAUAAUUUAAAAAUAAGUCUCAGCUUAAAAAAUUUUAAUUCCACAAAAGAUCUUUUUUUUUUACAAAUUGUUUUUUAAUGGCUAACAUCUCAGAAGCUUCCCUUUAUUUAUGCAAUUUGUAAGAUGUUUUAAGCUUAUCCCUUAAGAAUUUCUAUAAUAAAAUCUCAAAUUUGUAUAGCACCUUUCUUCUGGAAAGCUCCAUUGGCAGAAAAAGCAAAAAUAAUUUCCUUUAAGAGAUAUUUUAAUAUUGUAAACAGUAAGUGCCAGAGUAUAAAAAUUGUGAUUAGAGACUAUUUACAUAGAUAAGGUAUAUCCUAUUAAUAUUUGUCAUUAUAAGUUAAUGAUAGAUAUUAACAGGCUUGUUUACUCUCUCUGUAUAACAUUUUAACAUAGUCGAAUGUUAUAGGCUUUCACAGUGGUACUAGGAAAGAAGGUUUCUUGAAAAAAUAUAUGUGUCCUGAAGUCAUUUUACAUUUACUUGUACUUAGUUUUUUGGUUGUUUUUUUUUUAAAGAGAACUUACUAUCCCAGGUUUUCAUAUGGUAUGUUUGAUAUUUUAAGGCAACAUGGUAUGUUGGAUAGAGGACUAGCCUUGGAGUCUAGAAGGUCUCAAGUCCUGUACCUGCCACAAGUUGACUCUGUGACCCUCAGCAAAUUAUUUAACCUCUCGAUGCCCCAGGCAGUUUUCUAAGAUCAUAAAUUACAGAACAAUGACAGACCUGCUUUGAUAAGAGGGUCUUUGCUGAGUUCCCUAAACUGGAUGUGUCAUACUGUACCUGCAACAUUCCAGGGUGGGCUUCCUCCUCUCCUACCCCACAAUCAGAUCAAAAUGUAAUUGGGAUAUUUAACAAAUAAAAAUACAGUAAAACAUAAACAGUGUUAAUUUGUGGUUUUCUAAAUUAUUAUGUAGCCAGCAGAGAUCCUUUUCUUUUAGAGUUUGACACCUUUUCCCUAAAAUCAAUGAAAUCCUAGACUGACAGUUUGGAAUUUUUCAAAAGCAUCUUAUGCCAAGUGGUUAUUUGCUCUACAAACACUAGAAUAAUCUGGAGUUACACCUAUUAACAUAGUAAUAAAAUACUUAAUUCUUGUUAUGGCAGUUGUCAAUAAUAUAUAGCCCAUUGCUGGCAGUGGGGACAUGCAUUGAAGAAAACUUUAGUCCCCAACAUUAAAAAUUUCAUAUUUGUUACAGUGUUUUGUCUUCCCUUAUAUAAUUUUUUACAUCAGAGUCUUUUUUUUGUGGGAAAUUAUCUGAGUUUAAGAAAAUCAUUCAUCGUAUGCACAUAUACACACACACACAUACACACACGAGAACAUAUUGAAUUUGUUUCAGGUAGCAGCAAUUGAAUAUGUAUGGUUUUUUUUUUAUUCUGCUAUGUAUUAAAUGCACAUGCUGAUGAGGGUUCCAAUUUAUCCAUAGUCUUUUUGCAAUAAGAUUUUAUGUAUUAUUUUUCUUUUUACAAAAGCAGAAGAACAUUCAUUUGUACUACUAUACUUUUCUCUUACUAUAUCUGUCAUUACUUCAAAAUGUAAUCUUGGCUUCGAUUUUGUAGUAGGGUAAAAACUGUUUAAAUCAGAUUGUGAAAACAUUUCCCAAAUUAAUUGAACUUUAAAAUCUUUAACAUAUAUUUUGUUUUCUUUAAGUUUAUUUUAAAACUUCAAAUUAAAGCACAGAUAAUAAAUAAAACAGCCCUUUUCAGGUUCCAGGUUAUUGUACAUUUGUGCUGCUAAACUAAUUUUUAAAUUAAACUUAACUAAUAAUACUUAGCAUGCUGACAUGCUGAGGAAAAAUUGCCAUAUUUGAGAGUUCCUCAGGUACUCAUUUUCCUUGUCAGGAAUAGUCUGUCUACUGGUUAAAUAGCAUAUAGAAUGGUAUGUAUAGGACAAUAUAAUUUAAGUGAAGCCUCAUUCAAACGGGCUACUUUUUUUUUAUCUACUUCAAAUUUAUAGCACACUUGUAUUUUGGAAAAACUAAAAUACAAGCUAACACUAACAAAAAGAGGGUGAGUGAUAUUCCAUAUUUAUGGGAUGAAAAAAUGUGGUUGGCUUUUACAAGCUGGGCAAUUUUAAUGCUCAAAGAGAAAUUUCUCUCAUUAAUGUACUCCAUUGUGCCUCUGAAUUUUAAGAAUCAUGAUCUUUUUAGAUUUCAAAAUAGUAAAUUGGCCUUAGGAGUUAAUUCUCCCACUUAAAAGUGUUGUACUACUUUAAGUGAACAUUUCAGUGUAUAACAGUAAUACCAUUGAUUGUUGGCCUCACAGUUUCUGAACCUCUGAAAUAAUUAUUGUUUACUUGCUGAAAAUGCUGCCAUUGAUAUGACAUUAGGAUAUCCAUUUUCUCCAAAAAUAAAAUUAACUAGCUGGGUAAAAACAUUCAGAAGAAUUGUGAAACACUGCAUAAUGGUCUAAUGAACAUGUAGAUCAAAUACUCUUAAUUAUUGAUUGAACUGAAUACCAUUUGCACUGGAGAACAAGAUGUCAACAUUUAGAUUUUUAUUUUCAAAACACUGAAGUGUAUCCAUUUGAGUAAUUUCCAUCAACAAAAUUUUUAAAUGUCAUUAAACUCCAGUCACCACUACUGAAAUAAUUUGGCCAUCCCUUCUCAUCUUGAGAGAUGUGUAGUGGGAUGCUGAUUAAUGGUCAUUAAAAUUUAGUAGUGUCAGGACUAAAAGGAAAAUUGAGCCCCUUUAAUAAUUUUGUUAUUUGGACAUGAUCUUGUGCAUUUGAAUGAGAAAACCAUUGUAUGUAAUUGUUGGAUUACAAUUAUGGCCUCAAUUAAUUUGAAAUGUAUCACAUGAAAUAAUUUCAUGACAAAUCUGAAGAAGUAAAAAAUAAAUUAAUUUAAAAACUGA